AAAAACACAAUAAAUACAUAAUUUCUCCUCUUUCUUCCUUAUUCUCGGCCGAUCGAUCAGCUCUCCCCGCCGCUGCCGCCUCUUCUCAGCUCUUUGUUAAAAGCUCGCAAUUAGGAGUUGCUUUUGGUAGAAAAAGAUGGCGUCACGUCCGGAGCUGCAAGCACCGCCAGAGAUAUUCUAUAAUGACGACGAAGCUCGUAAAUACACCUCAUCAUCUCGUAUCAUCGAUAUUCAGGCUAAACUCUCUGAGAGAGCACUGGAGCUUCUUGCUCUGCCUGAUGAUGAUGUUCCAAGACUGCUGCUUGAUAUUGGUUGUGGAUCAGGACUGAGCGGGGAGACAUUGACUGAGCACGGGCACCACUGGAUUGGUCUAGAUAUAUCUGGGUCAAUGCUAAAUGUUGCAUUGGAGCGUGAAGCUGAGGGUGACCUUAUACUUGGAGACAUGGGUCAGGGCUUAGGGGUUCGCCCAGGAGUUAUUGAUGGUGCAAUAAGUAUCUCAGCUGUGCAGUGGUUAUGCAAUGCUGACAGAUCUUCUCAUGAACCACGUCUGAGAUUGAAGGCAUUCUUUGGGUCAUUAUACCGAUGCUUGGCACGUGGAGCUAGGGCAGUCUUACAAGUAUACCCUGAAAAUUUGGCACAACGUGAGCUGAUCCUGGGAUCUGCUAUGCGAGCUGGGUUCUCUGGGGGUGUAGUUGUCGAUUUCCCACAUAGCACUAAGACAAGAAAAGAAUUCCUCGUGCUCACUUGUGGACCAGCAUCGCUGAGUAGUGCCACUCCACAGGCAAAAGGUGAAGAUGGUGAGAGUUGUUCUGAUGAUGAAGAUAUUAGUGGAGACGAAGAAAAUCAGUCGGUGUUAGUAUCAGACAGGCACAGGCCAAGGAAGAAGCAUAAACUAAACAAGAAGGUAAAGGGGAAAGAGUGGGUUAUGGAAAAGAAGGAAAAAAUGCGCAGAAAAGGAAAUACAGUUCCUGCUGAUUCAAAGUACACUGCCCGUAAAAGAAAAACUCGGUUUUGAUCAUCUUUAUCGCUUUCUGGAGAAAAAGAAAAAGUGGAUGCAAACUAGGGAUGAUUAUUUUUGUCUGAGGCACAAAGAUUUUGGUUCCGAGCCUAAUUUGUUGUUGGUAUUUAUUUCAAAUUUUGUUUGGAUUUGUUUGGGUGUAUGCAAGUAAUUUUAACCUACUUUCAUUGAUGAGCCAACUAAUUUUCCAUUCCCACAA